AUGGUUAAGGAUUGUUCUCAGAUGGCUGAAGUACUUGGAACUAACAACUUUGAAGUAGAGAAGAGCAUAAUUUUUAAUAAUUUUCAGAACUCUCAGAUGUUCAGAGAUUCGUAUCCUGAAUAUCAAUCUGGACCACCUGGUUUCCCGGGUACUCAAGGUAGGACUGGAUCUCCAGGGCCGCCCGGACCUCGUGGCCCAUCAGGAGAUUCUGGAAUCCCAGGGACAUCGGGAAGUCCAGGUUCACCGGGACCCCCUGGCAAUCCUGGUCCUCCUGGACCACAGGGACCCAGAGGUCAAGCAGGAAUGCCCGGAGUUCCGGGGCAGGCUGCACGUAUGCACACAGUAGCUGAAGUUAAAGAAAUAUGUGCUUACGUCUUGCAAGAACGAAUGCACGAACUCUCUCUAAACAUGAAGGGCCCGCCAGGACCCCCAGGCAAGGGGGUGCCAGGAAGGAGGGGUCCUCCGGGAAGGCAGGGAAUUCCAGGUGACCAAGGAGUGCCCGGAUUACCAGGGGACAAAGGCUUGAUAGGUCCAGUGGGACCGCAGGGUCCGCCGGGAAUUCCAGGUUCCAAAGGCGAUAAAGGUGACCAGGGACCUGAAGGUGAAUGUUCAUCAGAAUAUGACCUCAAAGAAGUUGAAGCAAUGCCUGGCCCACCUGGGCCACCAGGACAACCUGGAAUAGGCCUGCCAGGCAAUCCGGGACCACGUGGAGAGCCUGGACAUCCCGGUAUUCAAGGCCCGCCAGGAAACGUUGGACCCCGUGGACCACCAGCCCAAUGCCCAAGUAAUUGCAACUACGAUCAGUACUUCCAACUACUGCAGCAAGCUCAAGAAUCAAGCUGAAACAACGGUUCAAGCGAAUGACCCGAGAGAGAGAGAGGAAGUGGGAGUGAAAGAAGAAUUGGGGGCGAAAGAGCGGAAAU